UGUCAGGCAUCCAAGGAAAAUGUUUUUAUUUUUCCGUAAUCAUUGGCACUGCGAAUAGUGGAUGCAGGCAUAUAUACUUAUGUGUGUACUGAGAACCACUUUUCCAAUUGUGAUGAAACUUGCUACAGAUGCUGUCUGGCUGACUGAUUAAGGUGUGACUUUAAAAGGAAAUUCUAUUAUACAUACUAAUACAACAAGUGGACAUAAUACAGAAGUCACAACGGUAGGGGGAGCGCCGAUUCAUUUUGUAUAUAGCUAUCAGCUAAUUCUAAACAUAAAUCUGAGAGAAAUACAUAAUCGGUUCUUUAUGCUUUUUACAUUUAAGUUUAAGUUUAUAGUUAAAUAAUAAUGUUGCGUUGGGUCUCUUCUUGGCAUAGAUACCUUUUUUAUAUAUAUACCGCCCACCGUUUCUUCUGUGACAAAAGUGCACGUAUGACAUAUUUUGAUUCACAAACUUUUGCCCAAUCAAAAAAAGUUCUAUUGGGUGGAGUCAACUAACACCAAUCAGGAAACAACGGGGUGAGUUCUAUUACCAUGACAACGAGAGAGCGUCUCUUGUGACUAUCCUAGUGUAAAUGUAAUCAGAGAGGGGAGAACAGAAGACAACACUGAACGUUAACAACAAGCCAUAUGAAAUAACGAAGGAGAGAAAGUGAAGAAUGCUGUAAGGGCCAUUGUCCAUCAAUGAUGAUGACUGCUGUACCAUUAAACCCCAUAACUGUGGAUAGUCUGCGUCCCCAUUCUCAUGGGAUCAGGAUUGUUUCAAGACAGUCCACCCCUGGAAGAUGCCCAUCACGAAAUGUCAGCCAAAUGUCCAGAAGAUCAGCUACAAGUACUGGGACCUCGGUUAGAUCUACUCCAGACCCCAGCCUCUCCAUGGUGGAUAUUGAGCGUAUUCUUCAGAAAAGAACUCCAGUAAUGCAGGAUGACUUGAGAAGAGUGUUUCAAGUGUAUGAUGUAGAGUGCAAUCUGACCGUCACUAAAGGGGAGUUCCGUAGUGUGGUGGAAAGCUUCCUUCUCCCACUUACAGAGGGGCAGUUUGAGGAACUAUUGGCCAAGGUUCCUAUGAAAAGUAAUGGAUCUAUACCUUACAUGGAGUUUCUUAAAAUAUUUUGCAGACUUUCAACUGUGAAUAGCAGGUGUAGUUCAAGCAAAGCUAACCAGACCAUGACCUUAUCUGAAAUCCAGUAUCACAUAAAAGAAAAGGUGUCCAAGAACUUAAAAAACACAAUAAGGGCCUUCCGACUCUUUGAUUACAACCGAGAUGGACAUAUUCAGAAGCAUGAAUUUAGGAGAGUUAUCGAGAGCUAUUGUUUUCAGAUGACUAAUAAGGAAUUUAGCAAGCUUUGGUCUCAUUUUGAUGUGAGUAACAGUGCUACAGUGUCCUACACAGAAUUUCUACAGAAGCUUGGCCUUGAAAUCAACAACAGGCCAGUCCCAGAAGGCACACAGUUAGUGCUGAAUUGGAAAGCUGUUCAAGAAGAUCAAAAGAAACACCAUAAAAAUGCAAACCAGCAGAUUUUUGUUGAAGGACAAGCUUUAGAUGAUACUGAGAGGGUUUUCCGAAAAAAUAUGCGCUUAAACAAACAGAAUGUUCUGAAAGCCUUGCAAGCUUUUGAUGAUACCCAGAGUGGGUUUGUCUCCUUUGAAGAUCUGAAGUGCAUCCUCAGUAACUUUGUGAUUUCCAUGAAUGAUGCCACCUUCAAGGGACUGAUGAAUCGGUUUGGGUUCAAAGCCACCGGUAAAAUUGCAUGGGAACAAUUUCUUGCUAAAUUCAAAGACCCUGUAGCUCCUGGGAAUGGCCAGACAGUUCCAGUUAGAUCAAAUCACAGGGUAAGUCCAAUCCGAGGUGCUGAUGAGCAGUUUUCUUCAGAGGAUAUUCUUCUGAAGCUCCAACCAUACAUCCAGACAGCUCACACCUCUCUGAGGAAGGCCUUUCUCGUGUUUGAUGAUGACCGCAAUGGGAAUGUCACUCGGUUGGAGUUGCGUCGGAUUUUGGAUAGUUUAACAUUUCGAAUGACCAAUGAACAGUUUGAGGAGCUUAUGGCUUUGCUGGAUCCUGAGGACACUGAUGUCAUCAACUAUCAUCGCUUCCUGGAGCUGUUUGAAGCGAAAAAGUCUCCGGAGGGCCACAAGUGGCUGAAUAGACACAAUGAAACGCAGCAAAUCAAAGAGCUGCCCCCUGCGAUAUUGACAUGGGAGACUGUGGAAGGGAUCUUGUACAAUAAAAUCACUGACCACUGGAGAGAGAUUCAAAAAGAUCUAAAGUGUCACGAUCCUACAGAAAGAGGAACUGUCAGCCAGGAGGCACUCAGGAGAAUCCUGCACACAUACGCCUUUCCUGUCUCUGAUGACCAUUUUAAUAAACUGUGCCAGUCCUGUAAAGACUCCCUAACUGGUGGAGUGUUUUAUAGGCAGUUUCUGGACAACUUAGGCAUUGUAGUGCGACCAGGAGACCUGACAGGUGUCAGUACACAGGUGUUUGAGGGAAGUCACCAAAGAGAAGAAAUGAGGCAAGCUGAUCUUACUGACAGUUUAAACAAAAUUGACAGGGAAGCAAAUCACCAUACGAAGAAGAUGACAGUGGAGGAGCUCUUAUUAAAACUGAAAGAGAAGAUGGCCCCGCUGGAUGCAACCAUCAAGGGAAGCUUCCUGGCGUGUUGCUACCAACCUAACGGAAAAAUGACCAAAAAACUUUUUAAGAAGGUACUGGAUGACUGUGGACUGAUUACGGAUGAUGAACAUUUCCAGAUUCUCACAGAUAAACUAGGAUUUAAGCAAGGAGAAAUAUCUUACUCUGAUUUUUUGAUGAAAUUUGAAGAUCACCAAGUUGGCAGCCCCGGUGCAGCGCUACAGCACACCUCCAAUCAUCACGUUAAUGGAACGAAGACUCACUUUCUGUCAGCUGAACAGUGCCUCAUUCAGUUUGUGAAUAAACUGCAUGAAAACUUUACGGAUCUCUACUGUGCUUUCUACAAGGCUGACAGAAACAGAGAUGGAAUCAUGACCAUGCAUGACUUCCGGGAGCUUGUUGAUAGCUUCAUGUUAAUCAUUAAACAGAAGGAGUUCCUGCGCAUGUUGGGUAUACUGGGACUGGGACCCGCCUCCACCUUAAACUACCCCGAAUUCUGUGACACGUUUCAGAUCAAGAAGAUGCCAGAGGCGCAUCCAUGGAUUCAUUCAAGGCACAGGCCAAAGUCAAUCCAGCCUCCAAGUGAAGAGCUAGCCUGUGAGCACGCUCAUAACUACCUAAUUACCAAAGUAGAAACCAGAUGGCACGAUAUGGCAAAGGCUUGUCGUGAAUUUGAUGAGGCUGGUCAUGGCAUCAUCUAUAAAAAGAAUUUGAGGGAUAUUCUAUAUCAAUUCCUCAUGCCCAUCACAUCCAAGGAAUUUGACAAACUCUGGUCGAGAUAUGAUACCAAAGGGAAAGGCUACAUCACUCAUUCUGAAUUCCUUGAGAAGUUAGGGGUAGAGCUAGCCCCAGCAGACAAUGGUCCCAGCUUUCAGAUUUCAGAGGAAAACAAUAGAACCUUGUUGGAGCACAAUAUCACACAGCAGGAGAAGCACAAAGAGAUUGAAGUUAUGCAAAUAAACCAAACCAGGGCACUACGAACAGCACAGAUUGAACAAGAGCUCAAAGAUAAAUUCAGAGACAACUUCCAAGAUUUCAGUAAAGCCUUUAAUAAGUUGGACAAAAAAAAGGAUGGCUAUAUAACAGUACAAGAUUUCUACAGGGUACUGCUGGAACACAGCUAUAACUUGAAUGAAGACCAGUUCACACAUCUCCUUGUCAGGCUUGGCAUCGGGACGCAUGAUAGCAAGCUGGCUUAUUUCGACUUCCUGAGAGUGAUUGAUGAUGGCAGGGCUUCUAAGUAUGGGUCCACACAAGUGCCAACUGCUGAAGUGGAAAACGAGAAACCCAUUCACCACGAGGCUUUAGAAGACAUCAAGAAAAAAGUCACAACUUCAUUCAACAAUCUGCAAAAGGCCUUUGCUGCCAUUGAUAAGAAGAUGAGCGGGGCGCUCAAGCAGGAGGAGUUCCGAAGGGUGCUGGACAGUUUCUGUUUCAGGUUCUCAGACUCACUGUUCACUUACCUGCUGAGCAAAAUAAAACUGAACAAAGACAACACAGUGGACUGGAUUGAUUUCAUGCAAAGUUAUAGUUUACUAAACCACGAGAGUACAAAUGAGUGGCUGGAAAAAGUGCAGAAGGCCAGCAAACCUUUAACAGCCAAGGCUUUGUCUAUGACGGACAUACUGACCCGUAUACAUGAGGUGGUCUCUUCACGCCUCGAAACAAUCACCAAGGAAAUCAAAGAUAUCGACUAUGCGCAAAUUGAUGUCAUUUCUAAAGAGGACUUCAGGAGGAUUUCUAAUCAGUAUUUUAUGCGCUUAACAGAUGAGCAGUUUGAGGACCUCUGGAAUAGAAUGGCAGUCAAUGAUUACGGAAAUCUGGAGUACUGUAAGUUUCUGAAGAGGUUCAGUGGAGAUCCAUGUGAAAAGCCUCAGAGCCCACCAGUAACAGACCGACGCCCAGGAAGUUCCUUAAAAUCUCCUCCUGCUUCAGCAGGACUCCUGGAGAGAUCCACCUCUCUCUGUAGACGCCCAAAAACAGCACCCUCUGCCCUCAGUCGCUCAAAGUCCAUGGUGCAGGUAAAUCGUCCAUUCACAGCAGGUGAGCAUUCAACACCAUUGCUGAACUGCGAGUCCAUUGAACAGAAAGUGAAGAGACAAGUGUGCCAGUCCUGGAAGAAGAUUUACAAGCAAUGUAGAGAGAGGGAUGCUGAAGGACGAGGUGAAAUCAGUGUCUCUGAUUUCUUAGCUGUAAUGGAAAAGUUUGAGACAAAGAUGACUCUGGAUGAGUUUGAACAGCUGGCUUUGAAGUACAACAUUAAAAACAAUGGCAAGUUCUCCUACCCUGAGUUUCUCCAACAUUUUGUACUCACACUGAAACCACAAGAUGGCAGCCUGCUUCAGAGGAUGAAGAUUUCCCAGCCCCGUAUAGCGAUGAGUCCUGGGAAUCAAAGUAGCCAGUUUGUGGAUGCCAUGCUUACAAUCCAAGGGCAGGUCCUACAGUGCUGGAAACAAAUGAGACGUCAUUUUAAAGCCUUCGACGAAGGAGUGAGUGGCUACAUCUCUGUGCACGACUUCCGGCAGGUACUAAGAAAGUACAGUGUGAACUUGUCAGAAGACGACUUUUUCCAUAUUGUUGCAUUCUAUGACAAGAAAUUGAAUGGCAAAAUAUCCUACAAUGAUUUCUUAAGAGCAUUUUUGAGAUGAGGACUGCAGCUUAAUUGAGAUUUAUUUUUAUAAAUUUGACACAAUGAAUAGUGAUGUUUUCUUUAAUUAAAUUAACAUCAUUUUAAGUUUGAAAAAAAUGCAAUGCUAUUUACAAACAGUAGAAGGAAGUGUUGAAUAAAAGGCUGUUGUGCUGUGUUGAUGUGUUGCUGUUGUGCUGUGUUGAAAUUUAAAAUUUUGUCAAAUUUUAAAUUUCAUUGUGUAUUUGAUUAUUUAAACAACCAAACUGUGCUUAAAUGCCACAAUCAUUAAUGCUGAAUAAUUAUUUUAUUUUAUCUAAAUAAAUGAGUGUAUUUUAAUACUGUCAUUUUUAAAUGCAAUUUCCAUUGCAUCACAUUUUUCUUACAGUUUCUUCUAAUUUCUAACAUCAUCUACAAAAUCUGAUGCAAUAACACAUGCCAUCCACCAACACAUGCAGGUGUCAGUACCAUGAAAAAGUGGGGAACCAGGUCUUACAUUAACAUUAUUACAAUAAACAAGUAAAACAAAUGUUCAACAUGACUUACGUUUGCUAUGUGCAAAAUUACAUUUAAUACAUUUUAGGCAGUAGUUCCCAAUACAUAUGCUUCAAUUGGUCAGCCAAUAAAGGUCAGCGCUGUGACAUACUGUUCUCCAACCCUGGUCCUGGAGAGCCCCUAUCCUGCAGGUUUAAUAGAUGUCUUUACAUCAUCAGUGGCUAAAGAUCUGGAACACCUGUUAAUCCUGACUAAUUAAGCCAAUAAUUGGUGCAAUUAAGUAACUGAGAUCUCAGUUGAAAUGAACACCAGAAGACCCAGUAGUUCUCCAGGACCGAGGUUGGAGACCCCUGCGUGUACAUUCACAGAUUCUGGCACCAUUGAUUAUUUUCACUAAGGCAUAUCCAUGCAAGUAUUUUGACCAAUGGAUUAAUUUCAGCAGACAUGGAAAGAGGAGCUAUCAAUAUAUGGAAGAUGGAGGACCUAUCAAAUAGCUUCAUCCAAAACUCUUUAAGAUUUCUUGCAGCCUACAAGUUUGGGAAAAAUACUGUAGGUUGUACAUGUUCAUUCUAUAAAAAUGAACACUAAAAUAAUAUUCAAAUCAAGAUCACAUUACCUAAAC